AGAGAGGCUAAGAUAAGAGAUCUUUAUAAUUUUAUGUUGUCUGUGUGUUGGAAGUUAUAGUACACUUGAGGCUUCUUCAAAAAUAAACAACGCAGCUAAAAACUCAAUUAAUCGAAAUGAAUUAUUAGAAAAAAAAUUAAUAAACACUCACCAGAUCGUGCUCUCUCCCUCCCUCUUUUCUCUCUCUCUGAUCGUUUAAACCCUAAAUAGAGGUAGUUUUAUGCUAAUUCCUCUAAAAUAUUCUAAUUAGCUCUCCAGCUCAUCGAUUUGGAUUUCAAUUUCAAUGGUGGUCUGCAAAUGCCGCAAGGCUACCAAACUAUAUUGUUUUGUGCACAAGGUCCCUGUUUGCGGGGAAUGCAUCUGCUUCACAGAGCAUCAGAUAUGCGUGGUUCGUACUUACUCUGAAUGGGUAAUAGAUGGAGAAUAUGAUUGGCCUCCUAAAUGUUGCUCAUGCCAAGCUGUGCUUGAAGAGGGGAGUGGUUCUCAAACCACUCGAUUGGGUUGCCUGCAUGUUAUACACACAGACUGUUUGGUUUCACAUAUCAAGAGCUUUCCUCCGCAUACUGCACCAGCUGGAUAUGCAUGUCCUGCAUGCUCGACAUCGAUAUGGCCUCCCAAGAGUGUUAAAGAUUCAGGAUCCUGUCUUCAUUCAAAGCUGAAGGAAGCUAUCAUGCAGACUGGUCUAGAAAAGAACUUAUUUGGAAAUCAUCCAGUUUCACUGCCAGCACCACCUCCUGCAUUCGCCUCAGACCCACUGGUUUCCAUUUCUUCAUCACCAUCACUGAGAAAAGAUGAAAUAAGCAUAGUUGAAGAGUACUCAUCUGCAACUGGAGCAGGGCUACCUAAACUCUCAGUAACAGAUAUUGUGGAGAUCGAAAGCCCCAGUUCAGCAGGGAAUUAUUUGAAAAGCUCGAGUCCUGUUGGUCCCGGAGCUACAACAAGAAAGGGCGGCAUCCAUGUUGACAGGCAAAAUUCAGAAGUAUCAUAUUAUGCAGAUGAUGAAGAUGGGAAUCGUAAAAAGUACAGUCGAAGAGGUCCGUUUCGCCACAAGUUCCUUAGAGCACUGCUUCCCUUCUGGUCAAGUGCAUUACCAACUUUACCAGUAACUGUGCCUUCACGUAAAGAUGCAUCAAAUGCGGAUGAAGUCUCAGAAGGCCGCACGAGACAUCAAAGACCACCAAGAAUGGAUCCAAGAAAAAUCCUUCUCUUCAUAGCCAUCAUGGCAUGUAUGGCUACCAUGGGUGUACUGUAUUACAGAAUCGCACAGCGAGGUUUCGGGGAGGAGCGGGCAGAAGAUGAGCAACAGUAAUUCUAACUUAAUAUUGAUUAUCAUCAAUUGUACCUUUAUAUGCAUAACAGGUGGUUAAUGGUUCUUUUUGUGGGUGCUACUCAUGCAUGGCUCAUCUUGUGUGUGCAUCAGGUUUUUUUUUUUCUUUUUGUUGUUGUUAAUGCUAGGGGGUGGAAAAGAAUCUUAUCUCCAUUGUCAUUGCCAGAAAUUUGUUACAUAAUCUACCUUGACCAUACUCCCGUUGGGCUGUUGUCUUCCCCCCCUAUUUGGAGUUGAAUUGGAGAAAUAGGUGAAAGGAAAGAUGCUUUUGUUUAAAUUGGCUUAUAUUUUUUCUUUAUUUUGUAAUUAUUUGCUUAGUUAAUAAAUCUUGCAAAAAAAGAAAUUGAGAAGUUUAAA